GGUGUGUGCCGACUGGGCAGUGGGUGGCCGCGUGACUUUGCCCAGGUGGAUUCAGAACGGUCCGGUGCUGGACGCUGGAGAAGUCAAAAAACUUAUCCUUGGAAGUCGGGUACCUMGGAGGAUCUUUGGGUCUCAGUGGAGAGUUAAGCAGAGUCACUAUAAUUAUUUCUAACAUCAACUCUAAAUUAUUGACCUUGGACAAGAGUGCAAUUAUAUGAAAUCAUGGCUGGUUAUAAACCUGUAGCUAUUCAAACAUAUCCUAUACUUGGUGAAAAAAUCACCCAAGAUACUCUGUACUGGAACAACUAUAAGACCCCUGUUCAGAUUAAGGAAUUUGGUGCAGUGUCAAAAGUAGACUUUUCUCCCCAGCCUCCAUAUAACUAUGCAGUCACAGCUUCCUCAAGAAUUCACAUUUAUGGCCGAUACUCCCAAGAACCUAUAAAAACCUUUUCCCGWUUUAAAGACACAGCAUAUUGUGCUACUUUUCGACAAGAUGGUAGAUUGCUUGUGGCCGGCAGUGAAGAUGGUGGAGUUCAGCUUUUUGAUAUAAGCGGCAGGGCUCCCCUCAGACAGUUUGAAGGCCAUACAAAAGCAGUUCAUACAGUAGAUUUUACAGCUGACAAAUACCAUGUGGUCUCUGGGGCUGAUGAUUAUACAGUUAAAUUAUGGGAUAUUCCAAACUCAAAAGAAAUUCUGACAUUCAAAGAACAUUCUGAUUAUGUACGAUGUGGAUGUGCUAGCAAACUGAACCCAGAUCUCUUUGUAACAGGGUCAUAUGAUCAUACUGUGAAGAUGUUUGAUGCGCGAACAAAUAAGAGUGUUCUCUCUGUGGAGCAUGGGCAGCCAGUGGAGAGUGUCCUGCUUUUCCCCUCUGGAGGUCUUCUGGUGUCUUCAGGAGGUCGCUAUGUUAAAGUUUGGGACAUGUUAAAAGGACAGUUGCUCGUGUCUUUGAAAAAUCAUCACAAAACUGUCACAUGUUUAUGUCUGAGCAGCUCUGGACAGAGGUUACUCUCAGGCUCACUGGAUAGGAAGGUGAAAGUAUAUAGCACGACUUCCUACAAAGUAGUCCACAGUUUUGAUUAUGCAGCUUCAAUUUUAAGUCUUGCACUUGCACAUGAAGAUGAGACAAUAGUUGUAGGAAUGACCAAUGGAAUAUUGAGUGUUAAACAUCGGAAGUCUGAAGCAAAGAAAGAUCCUCUUCCAAGAAGAAGAAGGCCUGCAUAUMGAACCUUUAUUAAAGGAAAAAAUUACAUGAAACAACGGGAUGAUAUUUUGAUCAAUAGGCCAACAAAGAAACACCUAGAAUUGUAUGACAGGGAUCUGAAAAAUUUUAGGAUCUCUAAGGCACUUGACAGAGUCCUUGAGCCUAGUUGUGUAAUAAAGACUCCUGAGGUUACAGUUUCCAUCAUAAAAGAACUAAAUCGAAGAGGAGUCCUUGCAAAUGCCCUUGCGGGUCGGGAUGAAAAGGAAAUUAGUCGUGUUCUUAAUUUUUUGAUAAGGAAUUUGUCUCAACCAAGAUUUGCCCCUGUUUUGAUCAAUGCUGCUGAAAUAAUUAUUGAUAUAUAUCUGCCUGUGAUUGGUCAGUCACCUGUAGUUGAUAAAAAGUUUAUAUUACUUCAAGGACUUGUAGAAAAAGAGAUUGAUUACCAAAGAGAGCUCCUAGAAACCUUGGGAAUGAUGGACAUGCUUUUUGCUACCAUGACAAGGCAAGAAAGCUCUUCUUUGUUGGAACAUACAUCUGUUGAAUUUCCAGACAAGAAGAAGACAGCAUCGUAGUGUUGUCUUAAUAGGACAAAGAAGAACUUCUAACUUUGGAUAGAUUUGACUCUAAUAACUAUUGGAAAGAAAAUGUCUUGCUAUAUUAAAAARACUACACAGAAGCAA